AAUGCUCUAAAACUGCACUUGGCGAUUUGACAAGGUGAGUCUUUUGAGACCCCAGACAACAGCUUCAGACGCUCUGCAACUAACCAGUUCACACCGCUGCAAUUUUGUCUGCAACAUUCUAAAACCGUUUUGUCUCAUUGCGAAUCAUUGAUUUGAACUGGCCUUAAAGACGUUUUAAAUCUGCCAUUUGUAUUUGAUCCUAACUGCACAACUAUGGGUUGUAAAUAGCACAAACAUUUAAUCAUUUUCUGGAAAGAUUUCUUCAGAUAAUAUUCAAAUAUGUAGCUGCACCACAUAUACGUAUCUUAUUCUCAGCCUAUAUAUGGUAUAUGCCCAGCUGCUAAUUCAGAUUUUCAGAAUGGUCUGAUAUAAUGACCCAGAAAGUUAUGAAUAUUUUGGGUAUGAUUUUAUGAUUUUAUCAGCCUGUCCUCAAAGAGCCAACCUCUGAAAAUGGGGCCAUGGCUAUUGAGAGAUUACAUUAAGCUAAUUUACAACAGACAGUAUUUUUUUUUUGUCAAAAGAAGCAGUUCCUUUUGCAAAACUUAUUUGGUGGUUGCUCCAUUUUUCAGGGACCAGGUUCUGACCAACAGGCCUGCAUGCCUCCUGGGCAGAGGUGGAAAAUCCAAGUUCAGAAAAGUAAAAAUCCUCCCUAGUAUUUUGUUCCAAUCACCUGGAUUUUCUAAGUAAUUCAAUCUGUCAGCAAGGAUGCAGAACACAUUAGUGAAAUCAACUUGAGUUCAUGGGUGGUAGAAACGCAUGUUUUUUGUCCCUUGGACUUUCCACCUCUGCUCCCAGGUCCUGUGCUGGAGUCUAAUCAUUGUAAACUGUGUAUGUUAAGCAGGAUUGGCACUUAGCUGGCUUGUUGUAUGUGAAAUGGGGCAGACUUUGCUUGCAUUAUAUUCUGUAUGCUGUCAGUUAAAAUAAGAAAUUCAAAAGUAAGCUGUUCUUUCGAUUUUUAAAAUUAAUACUACCAGUAAGAACAUGGAGCUAUCUCCCCUACUGCCACAGUUCACUGCAGGUAGCAGCAUAUGCGACUAAAUAGUAACCUUCCAUCAUUAGCAACAGAUGGCUUUAUAAUGGAGCAAAUAUGGAGGCAGGGAGAGUUUAUACCUACUACUCAAACAUCACUUAUUUAAAAUUAUUAUACCAUGAAAUUAUUUUGUGUGUUACAGUGACAUAAGUGCAUGUUUCACAACCUUGUUCAGUAUACUGGGGGACUGUGAGGUUUGUUACAAGUAGAGGCACCUUGAAUGGUGUCUGGGCAAACGCUGCAUAUGCUGCCUGCUUCAGAGGUCAGCUCCAAAUGUUUGUAUUCCCACCGUACCAGCUAAUCAUCCUCCAGCUUCUGUGCCUUCCUCUUUAGGGUGGAGCGGUCCAUUUCACACCGGAUUCAGUUACACCUCACGGCCACAUUCUCACCUGCUAAAAGUAAAUGCCCUCAGAAACUCAAACCAUGUUUUAACCUCUUUCACAGCUUCUCUUAAAAAUCCUGUGUCAAAACAUGUUAAUAAUUGAGACAUAUCAUCUGGCCUCAGGGAAAUUUCAUUAUAGUGGGACCUCGGGUCAUGUUAAGGAUUUUAAUGAGCAACUGAAUUGUGAUCUCACAAGUAGUGGGCAGAAGUUGGAGCACACUAUGUGUUUCAAAGGGGUUCCCUUGAACAAUGUUAGAUCAACCAUUCAGGGGAUAAAGGUUGCCUUUGAUCAAGAGGAGGAGCGAUAGAUUUCUUCUCUCUGAUCCCCUGGUUACAAAUUCCCAGCAAUUCCAACUUAGUUUAUUUUCAAGGACGAAUGUCCUGUUAAUGUUCUGUCUACCUUCUCCGUCUGCCUGAAGAAGAGUCACACAGAAACCAACCAUUGACCUGCAAUCAUGGGUUCCGGGGCUCCUCCGCUCCCUCUCCACCGGAGAGGCUCUGAAAGGUCGGCUCUCUCUCGACUCUGCCCCGAGCUCCACGGAGACGCGCAGGGACGAGGUCGGAAGAGCAGGUUCCGUCGGCAGAGCUCCGUUCUCGCUGAGGGGUCCCCAGCUCUCCCCCGCAGCGGGCCAGCGUCGGUCAGGGGCCGCGCCCGCUCCCCGGCGCCCUCCGGAGGAGUCAUGACGGAGAGGCCCGCCCAUGGCGGCGCCCAGCUGACAGUGAGCCUGGCCCUGCUGCUCUGCCUGCUGGGCCGGGCGGGGGCCGCCGCCGAGCCCUCCCCGGCCCUCUUCCUCCAGGACCUGCUGUCCCGCUACGGGGACAACGCCACCAUCUCCGUGCCCCAGCUCCGCGUGCUCCUGGCCCGCCUGAACGUGGGGCAGGGCCAGGGCCAGGGGCAGGGUCAGGGGGAGGGCGGGCCAGAGAGGCAGACGCCCGCGGGCAACGUUUCUACGUGCUUGUCGACGGACGCCCUGCUGGGCGCCCACGGCUUGGACGAGCAGUCGCGUCUGGACGGGCGCGGCCUGCAGGAGGUCUGCCCCACCAUCCUGCAGCAGCUGGACGUCGGCGACUGCGGGGCGGAGAAGAAGAAGGAGCCCGCCGACGACGCCCCCCCGGAGGCGGGGCCUUCGCCCGGCGAAGUCUGGGGUUAUGGGUUCCUGUGCGUCACGGUCAUCUCCCUGUGCUCCCUGGUGGGCGCCAGCGUGGUGCCUUUCAUGAGGAAAACCUUUUACAAGCGGCUGCUCCUCUACUUCAUUGCCCUGGCCAUUGGCACGCUGUACUCCAACGCCCUGUUUCAGCUCAUCCCAGAGGCUUUUGGCUUUGAUCCCAUGGAGGCGUACUACGUCUCCAAAUCGGCCGUGGUGUUCGGGGGCUUCUACCUGUUCUUCUUCACCGAGAAGGUCCUGAAGAUGGUGCUGAAGCCUAAGAAUGGGAAGCCCCAGGGCCACGGCCACGGCCACAGCCACUUCCCGGCCGAGCACUAUGCCUCCAAGGCGGACUUGGAAGACGGGGUGACGGAGAAGCUGCAGAACGGGGAGGCGGGGCUGGCCCUGGCCGACGGGGACCUGGGGGCCCGGGGCCCGGGCGAGGACGACAGGGUGCUGAGCGCGGGGCAGACUGUGCAGGAACCGCCGAAUUCGGGCGGGGGCGGCUGCUAUUGGCUGAAAGGCACGGCGUACACGGACAUCGGCACGCUGGCGUGGAUGAUCACCCUGAGCGACGGGCUGCACAACUUCAUCGACGGCCUGGCCAUCGGUGCCUCCUUCACCGUGUCCGUCUUCCAGGGCAUCAGCACUUCAGUGGCCAUCCUGUGCGAGGUGUUCCCCCAUGAACUGGGCGACUUUGUGAUUCUGCUCAAUGCGGGCAUGAGCAUACAGCAGGCUCUCUUCUUCAACUUCCUGUCGGCCUGCUGCUGUUACCUGGGCAUGGGCUUCGGCAUCCUGGCCGGCAGCCACUUCUCUGCUAACUGGAUCUUCGCCCUGGCUGGGGGCAUGUUCCUUUACAUCGCCCUGGCUGAUAUGUUCCCGGAGAUGAAUGAGGUGAGCCGGGAGGAAGAGGAGGCUGGCGGCAGCGGCUCCCUCCUCACCUUCGCCAUCCAGAACGCGGGGCUGCUGACGGGCUUCGCCAUCAUGCUUCUGCUCACCAUGUAUUCGGGGCAGAUCCAGCUGGGCUAGGCCCCGCCCUGCCCCGCCCCACUCUGCCUGGCCCCACCCACCCCCACCCGGUUCCCUUGGUUUCGUACUCCAGCAGUGCCAUCUUCCUGUAUCGCAGCCGAAGUACACACGUUCCCAUAUGCAGUACUGCAUCCUAAUGCCUUUAGAUCUCCCUUCCCGCUCCUAUGACCUUUGACCUCUGUCCCUUGCCCUAAAGAAAUGGAGAUCCUGUAACGUGUCUUAUGGACGUCCGGAGCAAGCACGUGAACAUCGUCUCCAUCAGCCGAAUUACAAAUUGAAAUGGAUUUUUAAAAAGCACAGAUAUCGGGGAUAUAUCAGCUCUGGAGAUUCAUGAAGUGCAGUAAUAACUGCGAAUUCCCUCAGACCAAAUCUAUGACGGUUGGUUUCAUUUCCAUUCAUUUUUGGCACUGUCUGGAUUACCUGUCCUUUGUACUUGGGGACUGUGAAUAAGCUUGCGGUGGAGGUAUGGCAAUCAGAACCCAACUCCACCGAUGGACCUACAGUCACGGGCCGGGGGUCCUGGUGUGAUACGCCAUCUUGGAGCACUUUGCACUGUCGUUCUUCGAUAUUGGUGGACCCCACAAAGACCUCUUCCCUUGAAAAGUCAUGACAUACCUUAGAAAAGGUCAUUCCAUACCAAACAACCCAGAGAGUGGUGAAACAUCUUGCGCCUGAGAGAUUAUCUGUGUAAAUGUCCAUUUUUAUUUAUUUUUUUGGUAAAACAGAUUGCCCCCCAAGAGUCUGUCUAUGUAAAUGUUCAUUCUUAUUUAUUUUUCAUUCUGUUUUCAUAACGUGAAAGAAUUUGCCUGGCUCGAGGGGACUGAAACCUAGAUGGAAGACCAAAUACGAGCCAUUCUUCUGUGUGAAGGGCCUUUUAAGAAAACCUUCCCUCGCCUCUCUUGAAUUGGACUUCUAGAAAAUGUAGUUUUUGUAACUUUCCUUGUAGUCUCUUUUUUUUUUUUUUUUAAUUUUAUUUCAUUUUUGUACUGCUGUCAGUUUAUUGUUGUGCAGGAUGGUCAUCAGCAGUGGCGGUUGGCCGUUUUCCCACUGGUGCAAAACAGAGACCGGUUCAGUUCGAUUCAGGUUCUUUGUGGACCAUCCACGUGUGGCGAACUGUACUCUGUAGGAUACUGCACGAAUGCAGUAUAUUUGCCUGGAUACUGUUCGUUUACCGAAGGAAUUAUUUUUAGUACCUUUGGUAUCUUUAGUUCUUUAUGAACUAUAUUUAAUUAAAUGUUUAUUAUGAUCAUGUAAUGAAAAACCAAGGAUCAAAUAAUGCAGACCUGUUAUGGACCCACAUAAUUAGGUUUGCUUUGUUCUAUACCAGAUGUGAUGAGACCAUAGAUAUUUAUGACACUACUUAUGAGUUGAAGUAGGCUUUAAGUGUUUCAUUUCUUGCACGAACUCGCAGUCUCCCUGAGGACUUUGUGGAACUGCUUUGAGAUCUGCUCUCUGUAAAGCCUUACAGUAAGGCAGGGCUGGCUGGUUAAAUGAAUGGUGGCAAAGCCAGUGUUGGUGUGAGUUGGAGAGGACUGCUAGAGUCUCAACUGGAAUGUGGUUCAUUAGGUAUCGUUCUUUAGAAACCAAGUAUUUUUGUGCUAGAAAACUGCCAGGGCUGAUUGACUGUGGCUGUUCCGUUGGGCUCAUUCGCUUUCUUGUCUCCGUAGAUUGUCUUUGGUCGCAAAUCACGCAAAUUGCUAGUAGGGUCAAGUCGAUAAUAUGUAAUGAUGCUGUUAACUCAGACAGUGAGCUGACACCAUUAGUUGAAAUAGUUCAAAUUUUGAAACAUCAGCUGUAGUUCUGUGUUGUUUACAUGCAAUAAUUUGUGUUAUAUGCAAAAAAAAUUAUACUCGAUUUUUGCAGCCCUGGCUGCGUUAAUUGUGAGAUCUAGAAACCAACAUUACGUAUAAAAAUACUGUCCAAUACACAUCAUGCAGUGCUAAGCUAGAUAGUUGCUUCAAGUUGGAAAAAAUUAAGAGCAGCUAAACUGGACACCCACUGUAUGUUCUAUUUGUUUUCAGUUACUGGCAUGACAUUUUAAGCAUCCUAUCAUGGUGCGGGGCACAGUUUUUACGUCUCGUUCAAUAUUUUUUUCUCCACAAAGAGUGAAUUUUGGGAUACCUGCUGGAUAGAUCAUAUUUGUUCUGACACUUUGAUUUCUGUUGUCACAGUGGUGGAUUUCAAACAGGUGUAGUAUGAGACAUCUGGCCAGAAGGGGGAGACAAAGGCUUUCUUAAACUCAGGAUUACUUUGACGCUCACUAAUAGCUGACAGUGUGAGCUUUCCCCAAGUUAUACAAGACCCCUGUUCAAAGAUGCUAGAUUUGUUUAUUUGAAGAUACACUAACGCAUUCAAAUGUUGAUGUCAAACUGACCAUAUUUACCUUCAACAGAUGGGUCCAGUACUAUCAUUUUGGGGCAGACAGUAUAUGUGGUCCUCACUCUGAUCUCCCAGUGGUGGUGAAGUAGGCAUUUUUCUAUUACAGGUGCAUAAAUCCCUUCGUCAAGACAGUAGAUUAACUGGUUGAUGGAACCUGCCGCUGUAGCCUUUGUCUUAGUGGCUUCUGUGGUGUACAUGAAUACAAAAUUUGUGUGCCUUUGUUGUAUACUUCACCAGCAUUGACAAGUGCAGCCAUUUUAGAUUACAUCCACUUUUGUUAUAUGCAAUAUAUGGUGCAGAACUGAAAUAAAAAUGUCUAAAUCUUAAAACUGAAAACAUUUAGAUCUGGUUGGAAGGAUGGUGGUUAUUUCCUUUGGGUAAAUGUAUUCAAAAUGUGACUAUGGCGUCUGCCGAUUGAAGUUAUCUCCUGUCAGUGAUUUUCAGUCGCAGUCAGUGUGUUUGUUUUCAGUCUUUAUAAAGUUUUAAUGAAGGCAGUAAAGAAUAGCACAAAAAGCCAUUUGUAUACUUGAAAACCAUCACUGUACAUCUGUUUGCCAGCCUCCUGGUUAUCUUGGUAAUGGGUGGUGAUGCUUUUAAUGGAUGUUACUGUCUUUUUACCUGAUGUAAUCAUCUGUGCUUAAACAACUGAAUAAAGACUGAAAGGGGAUGUAUGGCAUUUCUUCCUAAAAUAGACAGUUCCCCAGCUGCAUGGUUGUGUUGAUUAUUUUUAGGUUAUAGUUCUGAAUUAAUAUACACUACUAGCUUUGUUAUCCUUGGAGGGAGGGAACCUUGUGACAGUUGUCACUUGUCAUUUUGUUGAAGCCAUUAUUUGAAUUGAAAGUGAGAAGAACUUUUCAUUAAUAAUGCCAUUAGAAUUUUGUUCUUUAUUUGAAAGUGGCAAGUCAUCCUCCUAAAACCCAGCAAUUUAUUUUUGUCACCUUGUAGGGUCUUUGGUCUUAAUAUCAAGAACCAUAUAUUCUACUAUGCUGAAAAGUACACUACAAGGGACAUUCAAUAAAAAUAAGGUUUUUGGAGAAAAAAAAAACUUGGACUUUUUCUGCUGGGUUUCAGUAGGAUAUGCUGACUGUAGCAGAUUAGUUGUAGAAUUUAAAGCACCAUUGAACCAAAUGUGACUGGUCUGUGUUAGUUUGAGUGAACAAAACAUCAGUAAUUUCAUAUUGAUGCUAUUUAUUUUAGAGGAGCAUUUAUUUGAAGGCCUACACAAAUGGCAAUAUACCCCGAGAAGUUUGGGACUGGUUUUCCCAAUGGUCAAUAAAACUGUGUACAUAUGGUGAGCAUAUACACUUUCUCUGGUGUUUUAUUUUUUUGUUGAUUAAGGGAUCAUCUUCUUUUUAAAAAUUAACUAAGUAAUUUUUUAGUUGUUUCUUAUUUUUGGGAUUUCAUUGAUUAGCUUAAAAUGAAAACAAACACUGAUUAUUAAUUUACUAAUUUACUCUAUGAAUUCUGUGAAGUGUCUACCAUCAUACGGUUUCCUAAAAUGUAAAAAAAAAAUUACGUUAUCACGUUCCCUAAUGGAGAUUCUGAAGCCUAAGAUCAACUGAGACUUGUAUAUGCACCUACAGUAAAUGCUGUUACAUGUUUUCCCCCUUGUCAUGGGAGUGGAUUUUUAAGUGGUGUCAGGGUUGCAAAUGUCCUGUACUUCAUGUGAGGUUUUAUCAUUUUUGGAGGAGUAUUGAUUAUGCUUAGGAUUACAAACUGGUACUCAUUAAUGACGCAAUGUCCAGAAACUUUUUUUUUAUUUUUUAAUCUCUUUCUGUUGUAAUUGGAAGCUCCACCAUGCCUGUUCAUUGUGUUGAGUGGAAACGUCUUUUUAUAAACUUUUUUUCAAAACA